UGUAGUUCCCCGGCCGGCGGUGGGCUGGCCGCGGGGACUUCCUACCCGGUUCUCCGCACCUGCAGGGAGAUGGAUCCCGGGCCCGGACCCGACGCACCGCCGCUCACCGGCCUGGUCUGGUCGUCGGCCUCGGCCGCCCCACCGCGGGGCUUCAGCGCGAUCUCCAGUACCGUGGAGGCCGCGCCCGCCGCCUUCGGCCGGAGUUUCGCACAGAAACCCGGCUACUUCCUGUGCCUCAGCGCCCUGGGCAACCUGGAGAACCCGCAGGAGAAUGUGGUGACCGAGAUCCGGGUCCUGGUGGACAGGAGCCCCCUCCCGCCGGGCUUCGCCCCGGUCUGCGACCCCCUGGACUCCAAGGCCUCCAUCUCCAAGAAGAAGCGCUUGUGUAUGAAGCAGGUGCCGCUGAGCGCAGCAGAGACAGUGGUGGUCGACGUCCGACUCAGCGGCAAGACCAAGACGGUUCCUGGGUACCAUCGUGUGGGGGACAUGGGGGGCUUCGCCAUCUGGUGCAAGACGGCCAAAGCCCCGCGGCCAGUGCCUAAGCCCAGAGCGCUCAACAAGGAGAUGCAGGGUCUUUCCCUGGACACUCCCAGCUUGCCCAGUAGCAAGGCCAGCGGCCAGGCGCCCACACUGUCCAGGCUGAGCUCUCGGGCCUCCACCCUGCGGAGGAACGACUCCAUCUACGACGCCUCCAAUCUCUAUGGCAUCUCAGCCAUGGACGGGGUCCCCUUCACACUGCAUCCCCGAUUUGAGGGCCGAACCUGCGGAUCCCUGGCCUUCUCCAACUUCGGGAAUCUGACCAUCAAGUCACUGGCGGACAUCGAGGAGGAGUAUAAUUACGGCUUCGUGGUGGAGAAGACAGCGGCGGCUCGCCUGCCCCCCAGUGUCACGUAGUGGCCUGUGGGGAAGCCCCACUUCCUGGCCCUGGGCCCGCCCCGCCCCUUGUGGCCACGCCCACAGGGCCGUACUCCAAGGUGACGCUCCGCCCAGAUCAGCUCUGCCCUUCACCCCUUUGCACGUGCUCAGCGCCCACUCUACUCACUCGCCACUGGGCAGAGGGGGUGGCACAGUCCCCGGUCUCAACCAGUGCCCAGUGCCUUCAGCCAGCGUUGUGUCA